AUGGACUACUUGGAAACAAAGUCAAACAAUAUAAUUCCCGGCAAAGCAGUAAUAUUACCAUCAUCUUUUCAAGGUUCUCAAAGAAAUAUGCGAGAAAGCUUUCACGAUGCAAUGGCCAUUGUGCUCAAAUUUGGCAAACCUGAUUUGUUUAUUACUUUUACAUGCAAUCCUAAUUGGCGUGAAAUUAAGGAAAAUCUAUUUCCCGGGCAAAGUCCUACAGAUAGACCAGAUUUAAUAGCCCGUGUUUUUAAAUUGAAAUUAAAUGAAUUAUUGUUCGAUAUAAAUAAAAAAAAUUUAUUUGGUAAAUCUAUGGCUUUUAUAUAUACAAUCGAGUUCCAAAAAAGAGGUUUGCCUCAUGCCCAUAUACUUAUUAUUUUAAACGAUGAUAGCAAAAUUGAAACAUCUCAAGCUAUAGAUAAAUUUGUUUGUGCCGAAAUGCCAGAUAAAAUUCUCAAUCCUAAACUUUUUCAGAUUGUUACCCAUUUUAUGAUACAUGGUCCUUGCAUGGAAAAUGGCAUAUGUACCAAAAAAUUUCCGAAGGAUUUUCAAAUGGAAACAAGACCAAAUAUUGAUGGGUAUCCAUAUUAUAAAAGGCGAGAUAAUGGUAUUACAAUUCUUUCCGGUAAACCUACGGAUAAUCGUUAUGUUAUUCCAUAUAAUCGAUAUCUAAUGUUAAAAUUCAAUGCUCAUAUUAACGUGAAAAUUUGUACAUCUAUUAAAUCGGUAAAAUAUAUCUUUAAGUAUAUUUAUAAGGGCUAUGACUGUACUAAUGUUGACAUUAAUGUUGCUUCAAAUAUAAAUAUUCAUGACGAAAUUAAAUCACAUUUAAAUGCGCGAUAUGUGAGUGCAUGUGAAUCAAUGUGGAGAUUAUUAGAAAAUAAUAUGCAUGACCGCUCGCACGCUGUUAUUCGCUUAGGAAUUCAUUUACCUUUACAACAGCCAGUAUAUUUCACUGCUGGACAUGAAAGAGAUGCUUUAUUGAGAUCAGAAAAUAAACAUACUACUUUAACGGCAUGGUUUGAGUUAAAUAAGACAGAUCUAAAUGCUAGACAAUAUCUUUAUGGGGAAAUACCUUAUCAUUAUGUGUUUACAAAUUACCAUUGGAAACUAAGAAAAAAACGAUUAAAUGUAAUUUCGAGAAUGUAUUCCGUUCAUCUUAAUUCUGGUGAACGAUUCUUCCUUCGAUUAUUAUUACUUCAUGUUUGCGGGGCUACAAGUUUUGAUUAUUUAAAAACUAUUAAUGGAAUUUUAAUGACUACUUUUAAAGAGGCAGCUAUUAAAAGAAAUUUGUUAUCAGAUGAUAAAGAGUGGGAAUCAUGCUUAGAAGAGGGAUCAAUAUAUCAAAUGCCGUCACAACUUCGGAGUACUUUUGCCUUUAUUUGCAUGUUUUGUCAGCCUGAAAAUCCUGCAUAUCUAUGGAAUAGGUUCAGAUUUAUGAUGAUUGAAGAUUAUUUGCGUCAAUAUUCAGAAGUAAUUGCAAUAAACAUGGCUUUAAUGGACAUUGAAAACGUUUUUCUUGAUCAUGGUUUAUGCUGUCAAAGUUUUGAUCUUCCUUCACCUACAAAAAUCCCUCCAAAACAACAUUAUGAUGCCCAUGUUGAAGCUGCCGAUUCAAUCGAGCGUAUAUCUAAAUUAAACCGAUUACAAAAAUAUGCUUUUGAUUUAAUUAUACAAGCGAUUGAAUUAGAAAAUAUUCCAGAAAGAUAUUUCUUCGUGGAUGGCCCUGGAGGUUCAGAGCAAAAAAUCAAAUUGUAUUGCCUUUUGCAACCACCGGCAUAUCCUCUAUUCUUUAAGGGGGGAAGAACCAUCCAUAGCGGAUUUAAAUUACCUGUGCCUAUCUUUGAAACUUCUACAUCCCAUAUGAAUUUACAUAGUUCGCUAGCUCUAGAUAUUAAAAAUAGCAAAUUGAUUAUUAUUGAUGAGGCCACAAUGAUGACUAAACACGCUUUGCGAUGCAUUGACCGAUUACUUAAAGACAUUAUGAAAAAUUCCCACCCAUUUGGCGGAAAAAUAAUUUUAUUAGGUGGUGAUUUUAGACAGACUUUACCAGUAGUGCCUAAAGGCUCCAAAGUCGAUAUUAUAGAGUCCUGUAUAAAAAAAAUUGCUGAUAUAGAUAGUCUUUCUACUAAAAUAAUAUUAACCACCAAAAAUAAAAUUGCACUUACCCUCAACAACGAUAUCAUUAAUAUAAUUUCAGGCCCUAUCAAACAUUAUUAUAGUGCAGAUUCCAUUGAAAGCGAUAAUAAGGAUGAUAUAAUGAAUUUUCCACUAGAAUUUUUGCAUUCACAAACUCCAUCCGGUAUGCCACCUCACAAGCUAACACUUAAGGUAUUGACAGGCACUAAUAAGGGUUAUCGAGUUUUUCUCCCACGAAUAGAUCUAGCUCCAAGUGACUCUCAGUUACCAUUUACUUUAAAAAGACGACAGUUUCCUAUAAUUCCCGCUUUUGUGAUUACAAUAAAUAAAAGUCAAGGACAAACUUUUGAUCAUGUAGGCUUAUUCCUCCCAGAGCCCGUCUUUGCCCAUGGACAACUAUAUGUGGCUCUUACUAGAUGUUAUUUACAGCAAACUACGAGCAAGAAAAUCACAACAUCAUCUUCAAAAACGAAACUACAUUGA